AUGACAGACAAGUGGGUUCCUGGCCAGGGCCAGCCCAUGUACGGGUCGCAGCAGCCUCACAACCUCAUGCCGCCUCCGUCGGGGCUGUAUCAGCAGAACUCCAACCAGUCCAACACGUCUCUGGAUCAGCAGCAGCAGUUCAACCAGCAACAGUACAACAGCCAGCAGCAGUACCAGCAGCAACAGCACAGCCAGUACCAACAGCAGCAGCAACAGCAUCAACAGCAACAGCAACAGCAACAGCAACAGCAACAGCAACAGCAACAGCAACAACAACAGCAACAGCAACAGCAUCAACAGCAUCAACAGCAGCAACAACAACCACAGCAACAGUCUGUGGCUCAACAGCAGCCUAGUGACUACGUCAACUUCACACCCCGGCCGGAUCUGCUGUCCAAGACGGCCCGAGACCGAGCCCACAACACCACCCAGGUCAUCAGCACCUACUACAAGGGCAUUGUGCAGCAUGCUAUCGAGCGCCACCAGCGAAGAUCCGCCGCCGAGGCCUCCGUCGAGCAGGCCACGUCGGAAGAACGACGCAACCGGGUGCUCACAAACUACGGCAAGAAAGAAACGGCGUAUCUGCGUAUGCGACGAACAAGAAUGGCGCUGGAAGACUUUGUCACCGUCAAGGUGAUUGGAAAGGGAGCGUUCGGAGAAGUGCGGCUGGUUCAGAAGCGAGACAAUGGCAAAAUCUACGCCAUGAAGACCAUGCUAAAGAAGGAAAUGGACAUGAAGGAGCAAUGGGCGCACGUCAAGGCCGAGCGAGACGUGCUGGCGGACUCAGACUCCCCCUGGAUCGUCUCGCUGUACUUUUCGUUUCAGGACGACCUGUACCUCUACCUGAUCAUGGAGUUCCUUCCCGGUGGCGAUCUCAUGACCAUGCUCAUCAAGUACGACGUUUUCAGCGAAGACAUUACCCGUUUCUACAUUGCCGAGUGCGUGCUGGCCAUCGAAGCGAUCCACAAGCUAGGCUUCAUCCACAGAGACAUUAAGCCCGACAACAUUCUGAUCGACAAGACGGGCCACAUCAAGCUGUCCGAUUUCGGUCUCUCCACAGGCUUCCACAAGACCCACUCGUCGGCCUAUUGGAAGAAGCUCAAGGACGGCACUUCCUCCAACCCAGCCACACAGAUGGGUCCCCCUCAAAACACGAACCGACAGUCGACUUACGAUUCCAUCCACCUGACGAUGCGACAGCAGAUUUCCACGUGGAGAAAGAACCGACGUCUCAUGGCUUACUCCACCGUGGGAACGCCAGACUACAUUGCACCGGAGAUCUUUGUGCAUCAGGGCUACGGCCAGGAGUGCGAUUGGUGGUCUCUGGGAGCCAUCAUGUUUGAGUGCCUGGUUGGAUGGCCUCCGUUCUGCUCCGAGCAGCCCCGAGAGACUUACCACAAAAUCAUCAACUGGCGAGAGACGUUGCAAUUCCCCGAUGAUGUGCAUCUUUCUCCUGAAUCUGAGGAUCUCAUCAGGCGGCUGUUGACUUCGUCCGAGAACCGUCUGGGUCGAAUCGGCGGCGCCAACGAGAUCAAAUCGCAUCCCUUUUUCCGAGGCGUCGACUGGUCGUCUAUCCGGGAGUUCAACGCGCCUUUCGUGCCCAAGUUGAGCAGUAUCACUGACACCAGUUACUUCCCCACCGAUGAGCUUGGUGAUGUGUCCGAGUACCCUCAGCAGAGCUCUCGAAGCGAUCGAUCCAGUGAUCUGCCCUUCAUUGGAUACACUUUCUCUCGGUUUGACAACAUGACCAGGCGGAAUGCUAUCUAA